AAUAAUUGCAUGCCAUAAUAAUGCAUAAGCUUGGGAUCCACCUUCAAAACACAGAUUAGAUGGUCCCAAAGCAAACUAAGACCUAGUACAGUAUAAAAGAGCAAGCUUUGAGAGGUAGCUCACAUUAGCUCUUGAAGAUGGUCAUCUCCGUGGGGACUGUGAGGAUGUCCCAGAUGUGGAUGCUGAGAUGGGUCAUACUACUGGUUGGGCUGCAGUCACUGCAAGCAGACUUUAUGAAGGAUUAUGGAGAAAUUGACGUUACUAUGGACGUUAUGUGGCCAACAACAACAGCAUUCUCCAUGACAAAAGUACCGGUAACUACAGUUGAACCGAAUCCUGAUCAUCAGUCCACGGUCUGCAGCACAUGGGGAAAUUUCCACUUCAAGACCUUUGAUGGUCAAUUCUUUCAAGUGGCAGACACGUGCAACUAUGUUCUGACAGUGAUGUGUGACAUCCCCAUUUCUGAUUUUAACAUCCAAAUGCAAAGAGAGACUGUGAAUGGUUCAAUCACUUUCAACACAGUCACAAUAGAGCUGGAGGGGACAAUCAUCAAAAUCACUAAUGGCGACAUCACCAUGGGGAACGAAAAGGUGUCUGUUCCGAUCAAUAUGCAUGGAAUUCAAAUCGAGGGAAGUUCAACAAGUCUCAAGAUCUCGAACAAACAUGGAGUGACUGUCUUCUGGGAAGAAGACAACUAUCUAACGAUUGAACUUCCUGAGAAGUACCAAGGUCUGACCUGCGGACUCUGUGGAAACUUUAAUGGCAACAAGCAUGACGAUAUCAGUGUUAGCGGUCCGGCCAAAUGGAAGGUUUCCACACCUAUGACUGAAACCUGUGAGGAAGUUACACUUCCACCCAGGGAUCAGUGUGACCAGACAAGCGUUUGCCAGCAGUAUCUCAGCAGUCCUGGGUUUGCUGACUGUUACAAUGUGAUGGACAUGAGUUCAUUUGAAAAAGUCUGUGAAGACGAUCUGUGUCAGUGUUAUGGAAAUUACGACUGUCUCUGCAACACACUCACAGAGAUUUCACGACAAUGCACUCAUGCUGGAGGAAAACCAGGAACAUGGAGGACAGAACAGCUCUGUCCAAAGACGUGUCCUCUGAACUUGCAAUACAUGGAGUGUGGGAGUCCGUGCAAGAACACCUGCUCAGAUCCGACCGCAAGUCUACUGUGUAAAGAACACUGUGUGGAUGGCUGUUUCUGCCCUAUUGGCACCGUGGAAGACAACAUUGGUCAGAGCGGCUGUGUUAAUGUGAACCAGUGCCCUUGUGAGCAUAACGGCGCAGUAUAUCAAUCAGGAGAGUCUUACAAACAAGCUUGCAAAAAAUGUGUGUGCGCCGCUGGACACUGGACUUGUACAUACCUGGAAUGUCCCGGAAUCUGCUCUGUUGUUGGAGGGUCUCACGUCACCACUUAUGAUGGAAAGACCUUCACCUUCAGUGGCAACUGUGACUACAUCCUCACUAAGCACUCUAAUGACAGUGACAUUGCGGUUGUGGGAAAUCUGGCAAAGUGUGAUCCGGCCCGAAAAGACACAUGUCUAAAUUCAAUCACCCUUGUCAUCUCAGGGACCACUAUUACCUUUUCCUCUGGAGGAUCUGUGACAGUGAAUAAAAUCAGUCCACACAUGCUUCCUUUCACCAUAGGUCCAGUGAGCAUUUUCCAGCCCUCUUCCUCUUUCAUCAUUGCUGAUAUGAAGAGUCUUCGUCUGGAGAUUCAGUUAGCUCCAGUCAUGCAGUUGUAUAUUGUCGCCAGCACUGAAGAGAAAGGGAAGAUGAGUGGUCUGUGUGGGAACUAUAACGACAUCCAAUCAGAUGACUUUAAAACAACAUCGGGCAUCAUAGAGGGCACACCAACAUCCUUUGUCAACUUUUGGAAACAAAAUUGCCAAGAUCUUGAAAUCACAUUUGACAACCCCUGCAGCUUGAAUAUAGAAACAGAGCAACUUGCAAAAGACUGGUGUUCCCGUCUCACAAACCCAAAUGGCAGCUUUGCUGCAUGUCACUCAGAAAUAUGUCCUGAGAUGUACUACCAAUGGUGUGUCUAUGAUACCUGCAAAUGUGCAGAUAUUAAGAAGUGUAUGUGUGCGGCCGUGUCCAACUAUGCCCAUGCCUGUGCUGCCAGAGGAAUCAUUCUCCAGGGCUGGAUGGAUUCUGAACCCUGUGACAUGAUAUCGGAGUGUUCAGGGAACAUGAAGUACUCCUACGGCAUGACCAGCUGUGGCAGCACCUGCCGCUCUCUAAGUGAACAAGACAACACCUGCCAAGGGUCCUUCACUCCUGUAGAUGGUUGCACCUGUUCUGAGGGAACCUACCUCAAUGAAGACGGAAGCUGUGUACAUGCUGAUCAGUGUCCUUGUUACUAUGGCAACCAGGUCAUAGCGCCAUCAGCAGUGUUCUACAAAGAUGGUGCUAAAUGCACCUGUGACCUUGGAAAACUGCACUGCUCCAGUCAAGAAGACUGUGUGGCUCCAAUGACAUUCUUCAAAUGCUCAAAUCAUGGAGAAAAAGGAACGGAGUGUCAGAGAACAUGUGAGAAGCAAGACCCAAACAAUUGUGUGAGCAUGGGGUGUAUAUCAGGGUGUAUGUGUCCAGAUGACCUUCUGGCUGAUGGAAAAGGUGGGUGUGUGAACAGGGACGAAUGUCCAUGUACCCAUAAUGGAGUCCUCUAUUCACCUGGAGAGCAAGUUCAACAGGACUGUAACACCUGCACAUGCACAAAUGGGAUGUGGACUUGUACUAAAAAGGCAUGCUACGGCACCUGUACCAUCUAUGGUGAAGGUCAUUUCAAGACUUUUGAUGGCAGAAGGUAUUCCUUCCACGGAGACUGUGAACACACCAUAGCCCAGGAUUAUUGUGACACGAACCCCAGUCCCUCCUUCCGUCUGGUUACAGAGAACAUCCCUUGCGCAACCACCAGCUCCAUUUGCUCCAAGUCCAUCAAUCUGUUCUUUGGGAAAUACGAGAUGAUUUUAUCGGAGGAGGAAGAUGUGAAAGUAAUUGAAAGCAUUGGCACGGAGUACAGAUAUCAAAUCAGUUCUGCAGGCAUAUAUGUUGUCAUAGAGGUCGAAGGGCUUUUGAACUUAAUCUGGGAUAAAAAAACAAGUGUGAUGAUCCAACUCAAUAAUGAAUUAAAGAGCAAGGUGUGUGGACUGUGUGGAAACUUUGAUGGUAAUGCAAACAAUGACUUUAUGAAGCACAAUGGAGAAGUUGUGACAGAUCCAGACGAUUUUGGGAAUAGCUGGAAGGUGAAGCCCAGCUGCCCUGAUGUAACAAAUGUGAUGCAUCCUUGUGACGCAAAUCCACAUCGACGUGCCUGGGCUAUCAAACAAUGCAGAAUUAUCACAAGCUCUGUCUUUGAAGACUGCCAUUCACUUGUGGAUUCUGGCCCAUACUAUGAUGCCUGUGAAAGGGACACCUGUGCAUGUGACAGUGGGGGUGACUGUGAUUGUCUCUGUACUGCAGUGGCAGCUUACGCUGCUGAAUGCCGUAAAAGAGGAGCUUGUGUGACAUGGCGAAGACCAAACUUUUGCCCUUUAUUCUGUGAUUACUACAACAAACCUCCAGAAGAAUGUGAGUGGCACUAUAAACCCUGUGGAUCCACCUGCAUGAAAACCUGCAAAAACCCAUCAGGAACUUGCUCUGAUCAAAUUCCUCCCCUUGAGGGAUGUUUUCCUCAGUGCCCUUCAGAGAGGCCAUAUCUCAGGGAGGAGACUAUGAAGUGUGUCACAGAGGAAGAAUGUAAAGACUGUGUCUAUAAUGGGAAGGUAUUUCCACGUGGAUCAGAAAUUUACAAAACUACAGAUGGAAAUGGUGUAUGUUUCAUUGCUCUGUGUGAUUACAAUGGGGAAAUAAAAAGAAUUAUUACUGAAUCCUGUGGAACUACAACUUCAACACCUUUCACUUUCACAACUACACCUGAAACUACUAUAACACCCACAAUCACAUUCACUCCUACCACAACAACUACUGGGACAUCGACACCUACGUCAAUAGAAACAUCACCUACAACUGUUACAAUACCAACUACAUCAACAGAAACACCAUCCACAAUCACAUUCACUACUACACCAACUACUGGAACAUCAACACCUACAACUGUUACAAUUACACCAACAUUAACAGAAACACCAUCUACAGUUAGUACAACUACUGCUACAACAACAACUCCUACAUCAACACCUACAUCAACAGAAACAUCCCCGACAACUGUUACAAUAACACCUACAUCAAGAGGAACACCAUCCACAAUCACAUCCACUACUACACCAACUACUGGAUCAUCGACACCUACGUCAACAGAAAAAUCAACUAUAUCAACAGUAACACCAUCUACAAUUAGCACAACUACUGCUACAACAACAACAACUCCCAUCUGUACUCCUAAAUGCACAUGGUCAGAUUGGACUGACGGCAACACACCCAGUACAGAGCCAGAAGGAUUCGAAACUGAACCCAUAGAUGCAUUGUGGAAAUCAAAAAAGAUCACCUGUCAGAGCCCUGAAGAAAUUGAAUGCAGGGCAGUAAAUUAUCCCCAAAAGUCCCUGCAAGAUUUGGGACAAACAGUUUAUUGUAAUACAUCAUUUGGACUGUCAUGCUCAAAUGAAGACAAUGCAAAUAGCAUUCCAUCACUUUGUUAUAAUUAUGAAAUACGUGUAAAAUGUUGUAAACCAGAAGACUACUGUACUCCUUCUACAACGUCUCCAAGUACACUAACAUCAACACCUACAACUGUUACAAUUACACCUACAUCAACAGAAACACCAUCUACAGUUAGUACAACUACUUCUACAACAACAACUCCCACAUCAACAGAAACAUCCCCGACAACUGUUACAAUUACACCUACACCUACAUCAACAGAAACACCAUCCACAAUUAGUACAACUACUGCUACAACAACAACUCCGACAUCACCAGAAACAUCCCCGACAACUGUUACAAUUACACCUAUAUCAACAGAAACACCAUCUACAAUUAGUACAACUACUGCUACAACAACAACUCCCACAUCAACACCUACAUCAACAGAAACAUCCCCCACAACUGUUACAAUAACACCUACAUCAACAGAAACACCAUCCACAAUCACAUCCACUACUACACCAACUACUGGAUCAUCGACACCUACGUCAACAGAAACAUCAACUAUAUCAACAGUAACACCAUCUACAAUUAGCACAACUACUGCUACAACAACAACAACUCCCAUCUGUACUCCUAAAUGCACAUGGUCAGAUUGGACUGACGGCAACACACCCAGUACAGAGCCAGAAGGAUUCGAAACUGAACCCAUAGAUGCAUUGUGGAAAUCAAAAAAGAUCGCCUGUCAGAGUCCUGAAGAAAUUGAAUGCAGGGCAGUAAAUUAUCCCCAAAAGUCCCUGCAAGAUUUGGGACAAACAGUUUAUUGUAAUACAUCAUUUGGACUGUCAUGUUCAAAUGAAGACAAUGCAAAUAGCAUUCCACCACUUUGUUAUAAUUAUGAAAUACGUGUAAAAUGUUGUAAACCAGAAGACUAUUGUACUCCUUCUACAACAUCUCCAAGUACAAUAACAUCAACUACCUCAACAACUGCUGUUACUUCAACACCUACAACUGUUACAAUUACACCUACAUCAACAGAAACACCAUCUACAAUUAGUACAACGACUGUUACAACAACAACUCCUACAUCAACACCUACAUCAACAGAAACAUCCCCGACAACUGUUACAAUUACACCUACAUCAACAGAAACACCAUCCACAAUCACAUUCACUACUACACCAACUACUGGAACAUCAACACCUACAACUGUUACAAUUACACCAACAUUAACAGAAACACCAUCUACAGUUAGUACAACUACUGCUACAACAACAACUCCUACAUCAACACCUACAUCAACAGAAACAUCCCCGACAACUGUUACAAUAACACCUACAUCAAGAGGAACACCAUCCACAAUCACAUCCACUACUACACCAACUACUGGAUCAUCGACACCUACGUCAACAGAAACAUCAACUAUAUCAACAGUAACACCAUCUACAAUUAGCACAACUACUGCUACAACAACAACAACUCCCAUCUGUACUCCUAAAUGCACAUGGUCAGAUUGGACUGACGGCAACACACCCAGUACAGAGCCAGAAGGAUUCGAAACUGAACCCAUAGAUGCAUUGUGGAAAUCAAAAAAGAUCACCUGUCAGAGCCCUGAAGAAAUUGAAUGCAGGGCAGUAAAUUAUCCCCAAAAGUCCCUGCAAGAUUUGGGACAAACAGUUUAUUGUAAUACAUCAUUUGGACUGUCAUGCUCAAAUGAAGACAAUGCAAAUAGCAUUCCACCACUUUGUUAUAAUUAUGAAAUACGUGUAAAAUGUUGUAAACCAGAAGACUACUGUACUCCUUCUACAACGUCUCCAAGUACACUAACAUCAACACCUACAACUGUUACAAUUACACCUACAUCAACAGAAACACCAUCUACAGUUAGUACAACUACUUCUACAACAACAACUCCCACAUCAACAGAAACAUCCCCGACAACUGUUACAAUUACACCUACACCUACAUCAACAGAAACACCAUCCACAAUUAGUACAACUACUGCUACAACAACAACUCCGACAUCACCAGAAACAUCCCCGACAACUGUUACAAUUACACCUACAUCAACAGAAACACCAUCUACAAUUAGUACAACUACUGCUACAACAACAACUCCCACAUCAACACCUACAUCAACAGAAACAUCCCCCACAACUGUUACAAUAACACCUACAUCAACAGGAACACCAUCCACAAUCACAUUCACUACUACACCAACUACUGGAUCAUCGACACCUACGUCAACAGAAACAUCAACUAUAUCAACAGUAACACCAUCUACAAUUAGCACAACUACUGCUACAACAACAACAACUCCCAUCUGUACUCCUAAAUGCACAUGGUCAGAUUGGACUGACGGCAACACACCCAGUACAGAGCCAGAAGGAUUCGAAACUGAACCCAUAGAUGCAUUGUGGAAAUCAAAAAAGAUCGCCUGUCAGAGUCCUGAAGAAAUUGAAUGCAGGGCAGUAAAUUAUCCCCAAAAGUCCCUGCAAGAUUUGGGACAAACAGUUUAUUGUAAUACAUCAUUUGGACUGUCAUGUUCAAAUGAAGACAAUGCAAAUAGCAUUCCACCACUUUGUUAUAAUUAUGAAAUACGUGUAAAAUGUUGUAAACCAGAAGACUAUUGUACUCCUUCUACAACAUCUCCAAGUACAAUAACAUCAACUACCUCAACAACUGCUGUUACUUCAACACCUACAACUGUUACAAUUACACCUACAUCAACAGAAACACCAUCUACAAUUAGUACAACGACUGUUACAACAACAACUCCUACAUCAACACCUACAUCAACAGAAACAUCCCCGACAACUGUUACAAUUACACCUACAACAACAGAAACACCAUCCACAAUCACAUUCACUACUACACCAACUACUGGAACAUCAACACCUACAACUGUUACAAUUACACCAACAUUAACAGAAACACCAUCUACAGUUAGUACGACUACUGCUACAACAACAACUCCUACAUCAACACCUACAUCAACAGAAACAUCCCCGACAACUGUUACAAUAACACCUACAUCAAGAGGAACACCAUCCACAAUCACAUCCACUACUACACCAACUACUGGAUCAUCGACACCUACGUCAACAGAAACAUCAACUAUAUCAACAGUAACACCAUCUACAAUUAGCACAACUACUGCUACAACAACAACAACUCCCAUCUGUACUCCUAAAUGCACAUGGUCAGAUUGGACUGACGGCAACACACCCAGUACAGAGCCAGAAGGAUUCGAAACUGAACCCAUAGAUGCAUUGUGGAAAUCAAAAAAGAUCACCUGUCAGAGCCCUGAAGAAAUUGAAUGCAGGGCAGUAAAUUAUCCCCAAAAGUCCCUGCAAGAUUUGGGACAAACAGUUUAUUGUAAUACAUCAUAUGGACUGUCAUGCUCAAAUGAAGACAAUGCAAAUAGCAUUCCACCACUUUGUUAUAAUUAUGAAAUGCGUGUAAAAUGUUGUAAACCAGAAGACUACUGUACUCCUUCUACAACGUCUCCAAGUACACUAACAUCAACACCUACAACUGUUACAAUUACACCUACAUCAACAGAAACACCAUCUACAGUUAGUACAACUACUUCUACAACAACAACUCCCACAUCAACAGAAACAUCCCCGACAACUGUUACAAUUACACCUACACCUACAUCAACAGAAACACCAUCCACAAUUAGUACAACUACUGCUACAACAACAACUCCGACAUCACCAGAAACAUCCCCGACAACUGUUACAAUUACACCUACAUCAACAGAAACACCAUCUACAAUUAGUACAACUACUGCUACAACAACAACUCCCACAUCAACACCUACAUCAACAGAAACAUCCCCCACAACUGUUACAAUAACACCUACAUCAACAGGAACACCGUCCACAAUCACAUUCACUACUACACCAACUACUGGAUCAUCGACACCUACGUCAACAGAAACAUCAACUAUAUCAACAGUAACACCAUCUACAAUUAGCACAACUACUGCUAGAACAACAACAACUCCCAUCUGUACUCCUAAAUGCACAUGGUCAGAUUGGACUGACGGCAACACACCCAGUACAGAGCCAGAAGGAUUCGAAACUGAACCCAUAGAUGCAUUGUGGAAAUCAAAAAAGAUCGCCUGUCAGAGUCCUGAAGAAAUUGAAUGCAGGGCAGUAAAUUAUCCCCAAAAGUCCCUGCAAGAUUUGGGACAAACAGUUUAUUGUAAUACAUCAUUUGGACUGUCAUGUUCAAAUGAAGACAAUGCAAAUAGCAUUCCACCACUUUGUUAUAAUUAUGAAAUACGUGUAAAAUGUUGUAAACCAGAAGACUAUUGUACUCCUUCUACAACAUCUCCAAGUACAAUAACAUCAACUACCUCAACAACUGCUGUUACUUCAACACCUACAACUGUUACAAUUACACCUACAUCAACAGAAACACCAUCUACAAUUAGUACAACGACUGUUACAACAACAACUCCUACAUCAACACCUACAUCAACAGAAACAUCCCCGACAACUGUUACAAUUACACCUAUAUCAACAGAAACACCAUCCACAAUCACAUUCACUACUACACCAACUACUGGAACAUCAACACCUACAACUGUUACAAUUACACCAACAUUAACAGAAACACCAUCUACAGUUAGUACGACUACUGCUACAACAACAACUCCUACAUCAACACCUACAUCAACAGAAACAUCCCCGACAACUGUUACAAUAACACCUACAUCAAGAGGAACACCAUCCACAAUCACAUCCACUACUACACCAACUACUGGAUCAUCGACACCUACGUCAACAGAAACAUCAACUAUAUCAACAGUAACACCAUCUACAAUUAGCACAACUACUGCUACAACAACAACAACUCCCAUCUGUACUCCUAAAUGCACAUGGUCAGAUUGGACUGACGGCAACACACCCAGUACAGAGCCAGAAGGAUUCGAAACUGAACCCAUAGAUGCAUUGUGGAAAUCAAAAAAGAUCACCUGUCAGAGCCCUGAAGAAAUUGAAUGCAGGGCAGUAAAUUAUCCCCAAAAGUCCCUGCAAGAUUUGGGACAAACAGUUUAUUGUAAUACAUCAUUUGGACUGUCAUGCUCAAAUGAAGACAAUGCAAAUAGCAUUCCACCACUUUGUUAUAAUUAUGAAAUACGUGUAAAAUGUUGUAAACCAGAAGACUACUGUACUCCUUCUACAACGUCUCCAAGUACACUAACAUCAACACCUACAACUGUUACAAUUACACCUACAUCAACAGAAACACCAUCUACAGUUAGUACAACUACUUCUACAACAACAACUCCCACAUCAACAGAAACAUCCCCGACAACUGUUACAAUUACACCUACACCUACAUCAACAGAAACACCAUCCACAAUUAGUACAACUACUGCUACAACAACAACUCCGACAUCACCAGAAACAUCCCCGACAACUGUUACAAUUACACCUACAUCAACAGAAACACCAUCUACAAUUAGUACAACUACUGCUACAACAACAACUCCCACAUCAACACCUACAUCAACAGAAACAUCCCCCACAACUGUUACAAUAACACCUACAUCAACAGGAACACCAUCCACAAUCACAUCCACUACUACACCAACUACUGGAUCAUCGACACCUACGUCAACAGAAACAUCAACUAUAUCAACAGUAACACCAUCUACAAUUAGCACAACUACUGCUACAACAACAACAACUCCCAUCUGUACUCCUAAAUGCACAUGGUCAGAUUGGACUGACGGCAACACACCCAGUACAGAGCCAGAAGGAUUCGAAACUGAACCCAUAGAUGCAUUGUGGAAAUCAAAAAAGAUCGCCUGUCAGAGUCCUGAAGAAAUUGAAUGCAGGGCAGUAAAUUAUCCCCAAAAGUCCCUGCAAGAUUUGGGACAAACAGUUUAUUGUAAUACAUCAUUUGGACUGUCAUGUUCAAAUGAAGACAAUGCAAAUAGCAUUCCACCACUUUGUUAUAAUUAUGAAAUACGUGUAAAAUGUUGUAAACCAGAAGACUAUUGUACUCCUUCUACAACAUCUCCAAGUACAAUAACAUCAACUACCUCAACAACUGCUGUUACUUCAACACCUACAACUGUUACAAUUACACCUACAUCAACAGAAACACCAUCUACAAUUAGUACAACGACUGUUACAACAACAACUCCUACAUCAACACCUACAUCAACAGAAACAUCCCCGACAACUGUUACAAUUACACCUACAUCAACAGAAACACCAUCCACAAUUAGUACAACUACUGCUACAACAACAACUCCCACAUCAACAGAAACAUCCCCAAAAACUGUUACAAUAACACCUACAUCAACAGGAACACCAUCCACAAUUAGUACAACUACUGCUACAACAACAACUCCCACAUCAACACAUACUUCAACAGAAACAUCCCCGACAACUGUUACAAUUACACCUACAUCAACAGAAACACCAUCCACAAUUAGUACAACUACUGCUACAACAACAACUCCGACAUCACCAGAAACAUCCCCGACAACUGUUACAAUUACACCUACAUCAACAGAAACACCCUCUACAAUUAGUACAACUACUGCUACAACAACAACUCCCACAUCAACACCUACAUCAACAGAAACAUCCCCCACAACUGUUACAAUAACACCUACAUCAACAGGAACACCAUCCACAAUCACAUCCACUACUACACCAACUACUGGAUCAUCGACAUCUACGUCAACAGAAACAUCAACUAUAUCAACAGUAACACCAUCUACAAUUAGCACAACUACUGCUACAACAACAACAACUCCCAUCUGUACUCCUAAAUGCACAUGGUCAGAUUGGACUGACGGCAACACACCCAGUACAGAGCCAGAAGGAUUCGAAACUGAACCCAUAGAUGCACUGUGGAAUUCAAAAAAGAUCGCCUGUCAGAGCCCUGAAGAAAUUGAAUGCAGGGCAGUAAAUUAUCCCCAAAAGUCCCUGCAAGAUUUGGGACAAACAGUUUAUUGUAAUACAUCAUUUGGACUGUCAUGCUCAAAUGAAGACAAUGCAAAUAGCAUUCCACCACUUUGUUAUAAUUAUGAAAUACGUGUAAAAUGUUGUAAACCAGAAGACUAUUGUACUCCUUCUACAACGUCUCCAAGUACACUAACAUCAACUACCUCAACAACUAUUGAAACAUCAACACCUACAACUGUUACAAUUACACCUACAUCAACAGAAACACCAUCUACAGUUAGUACAACUACUUCUACAACAACAACUCCCACAUCAACAGAAACAUCCCCGACAACUGUUACAAUAACACCUACAUCAACAGGAACACCAUCCACAAUUAGUACAACUACUGCUACAACAACAACUCCCACAUCAACGCAUACAUCAACAGAAACAUCAGAGACAACUGUUACAAUAACACCUACAUCCACAGGAACACCAUCCACAAUAACAUCCACUACUACACCAACUACUGGAACAUCGACACCUACGUCAACAGAAACAUCAACUAUAUCAACAGUAACACCAUCUACAAUUAGCUCAACUACUGCUACAACAAAAACAACUCCCAUCUGUACUCCUAAAUGCACAUGGUCAGAUUGGACUGACGGCAACACACCCAGUACAGAGCCAGAAGGAUUCGAAACUGAACCCAUAGAUGCAUUGUGGAAUUCAAAAAAGAUUGCCUGUCAGAGCCCUGAAGAAAUUGAAUGCAGGGCAGUAAAUUAUCCCCAAAAGUCCCUGCAAGAUUUGGGACAAACAGUUUAUUGUAAUACAUCAUUUGGACUGUCAUGUUCAAAUGAAGACAAUGCAAAUAGCAUUCCACCACUUUGUUAUAAUUAUGAAAUACGUGUAAAAUGUUGUAGACCAGAAGACUAUUGUACUCCUACAACAUCCCCAAGUACACUAACAUCAACUACCUCAACAACUACUGUAACAUCAACACCUACAACUGUUACAAUUACACCUACAUCAACAGAAACACCAUCUACAAUUAGUACAACUACUGCUACAACAACAACUCCCACAUCAACACCUACAUCAACAGAAACACCAUCUACAAUUAGUACAACUACUGCUACAACUACAACUCCCACAUCAACACCUACAUCAACAGAAACACCCUCCACAAUCACAUCCACUACUACAACUAUUGGAACUUCGACACCUACUUCAACAGAGACGUUACCUACAACUGUUACAACACCUACAUCAACAUACACAACCAAUACUAUCACACCAUCUACUGUAACAAUGACACCUACAUCAUCAGAAACAUCAUCUACAAUUAGUACAACUACUGCUACAACAACAUCUCCCACAUCAACAGAAACAUCAGAGACAACUGUUACAAUAACACCUACAUCCACAGGAACACCAUCCACAAUAACAUCCACUACUACACCAUCUACUGGAACAUCGACACCUACGUCAACAGAAACAUCAACUAUAUCAACAGUAACACCAUCUACAAUUAGCUCAACUACUGCUACAACAAAAACAACUCCCAUCUGUACUCCUAAAUGCACAUGGUCAGAUUGGACUGACGGCAACACACCCAGUACAGAGGCAGAAGGAUUCGAAACUGAACCCAUAGAUGCAUUGUGGAAGUCAAAAAAGAUUAUCUGUCAGAGCCCUGAAGAAAUUGAAUGCAGGGCAGUAAAUUAUCCCCAAAAGUCCCUGCAAGAUUUGGGACAAACAGUUUAUUGUAAUACAUCAUUUGGACUGUCAUGUUCAAACGAAGACAAUGCAAAUAGCAUUCCACCACUUUGUUAUAAUUAUGAAAUACGUGUAAAAUGUUGUAAACCAGAAGACUAUUGCACUCCUACAACAUCUCCAAGUACACUAACAUCAACAACCUCAACAACUACUGUAACAUCAACACCUACAACUGUUACAAUUACACCUACAUCAACAGAAACACCAUCUACAAUUAGUACAACUACCGCUACAACAACAACUCCCACAUCAACAGAAACACCAUCUACAAUUAGUACAACUACUGCUACAACAACAACUCCAACAUCAACACAUACAUCAACAGAAACAUCCCCUACAACUGUUACAAUAACACCUACAUCAACAGGAACACCAUCCACAAUCACAUCCACUUCUACACCAAUUACUGGAACAUUGACACCUACAUCAACAGAAACACCAUCUACAAUUAGUACAACUACUGCUACAACAACAACUCCCACAUCAACACCUACAUCAACAGAAACAUCCCCAACAACUGUUACAAUAACACCUACAUCAACAGGAACACCAUCUACAAUCACAUCAACUUCUACACCAAUUACUGGAACAUUGACACCUACAUCAACAGAAACACCAUCUACAAUUAGUACAACUACUGCUAUAACAACAACUCCCACAUCAACACCUACAUCAACAGAAACACCCUCCACAAUCACAUCCACUACUACAACUAUUGGAACUUCGACACCUACUUCAACAGAGACGUUACCUACAACUGUUACAACACCUACAUCAACAUACACAACCAAUACUAUCACACCAUCUACUGUAACAAUGACACCUACAUCAUCAGAAACAUCAUCUACAACUAGUACAACUACUGGCACAACAACACCCACAUCAACAAAGACAUCUACAAGAAUCUUUACUACUACAACAGGGAUACAUGUGGUUACAGGAGUUACUCCCAAUACCACCAGAAAUAACACAGUACACCAGUGUCAAUGCCCAUAUUUAACAGCAGUAUACUCACCAGGGUCAAUAAUCUACAAUAAAACAGAUCAAGCAGGUUGGUGCUUCACUGCCAAAUGCAACUCCUCCUGUGGUAUAGAUAUAGUUUCUCAGCCAUGCAAAUUACCAAGAGACUGCAAAGAAUUCAACAGAAAGCAUUUGGAAUCCUGGAUUGAAAACUGCAAAAACAACACAUGCAAAAACGGCAGUGUCACAUCAACACCUCUACAAUGUGGCAUAUCUGAUAAUGUCAUACCUAAAUGUAGCAAUGGAAUUAAAGCUAAGAAGGUGCCCUACAACAAUGGCUGCUGUUCUAAGUAUGAGUGUGAAUGUAAAUGUAGUGGCUGGGGUGACCCACAUUACCAAACUUUUGAUGGAACCUACUAUGCUUUCCAAGGAAACUGCACUUACGUUUUGUUCCAAGAAAUCAUCCCAAAAUACAAUAUCAGUGUCCAUGUUAAAAACUAUUAUUGUGAUGUUAAAAAUAAUCUUGCUUGCCCUGAGUAUGUGGUUGUAAACUACAAAUCCUAUAAAAUAAAGCUGACAAGCAACACUAAAGAGGUCCAGGUCUACGUUAAUGAUGAAUUAAAGCAACUAACUUAUAUGAAUAAUGACUUCUUCAUCAUCACCUCUGGCAUGGCAGUAAUUGUGAACAUCACUGAAAUCAAAGUUGACAUUACUGUGAAUCAUCAAGGCUUUGAGAUCAAUCUCCCAUUCUCAUACUUCCAUGGUAAUACAGAGGGACAGUGCGGGGUUUGUGACAACAACCGUACAAAUGACUGCAGACGUCCCGAUGGACAAAUUGAUCAAUCAUGUGUGAACAUGGCAGAGCUUUGGAUGGUCCCCCCAGGAUGCAAAAUACCUCCAACUCAAUCUCCACCUACACAUCCAACUCCAUCUACAUGCAAUCCGACCAUUUGUGAUCUCAUCAAGAGCGAUAUGUUCAUGGAAUGCCAUGGGGUCGUUCCUUAUGAAAGUUAUUAUGAAGCAUGCAAAUAUGAUGUGUGCCACAUGGGAAACAGCUCUAUUGGUUGUACCAGUCUGGAGGCAUACGCUCUGCUAUGUGGCAAACAGGGUAUCUGUGUGGAGUGGAGAACAUCAAAUGAACUCACCAAAAAGUGUGAAUACAAGUGCCCCAGUCACAAAGUCUAUAAGGGAUGUGGUCCUAAAGUUGAAAAAACCUGCAGUACAAGGUACAACGAUAUGUUUGUGGAGAAAGACUGUCAAAACAAUAACUGUCAUCAAACAUUUACGGAAGGCUGUUACUGUCCUGAUGACAAAUAUCGAGUUAGUUCAACGAUAGAUGCCUGUACAUCUUAUUGUGAUUGCAUUGGCCCUGAUGGAUUACCUAGACAGCCUGGGGAUACAUGGACCAUGGACUGUCAUGAGUACACAUGCUCCAAUGAGACCUUUGGUAUUAAAACUGUGCCUGUCGGGUGUCCGGCUGAAAAGUCCUGUGGACCAGAACAAAAGAAAAUAAUUGAAAACUGCUGCCUAACCUGCGUGUGUGAUGUCGAGCUGUGUCUUCAGAAGAAGUGUGCUGUGGGAUAUACGUUGGCAGCAAAUAAAUCUGAAGACAGUUGCUGUCCACCCUGUGUGCCCAAAGAUGUAUGUGUGUACAAUAACACUGAGUACCAGCCUGGAGUUCAAAUCCCCACAGAUCCCUGCAUCGAAUGUAACUGUCUAAUGGAUAAAGAUCCAAAUACCCAACUACAUGUCGUCACGUGCGCUUCUAUCGCCUGUGAACCUUGCCCUGAUGGAUUUGUGCCUGUCCAAGAAGAAGGAGAAUGCUGUCAAACAUGCCAGCAAAAUAGCUGUUUUUAUACGGCGCCAGACAACACCACACAUAUUCUCAAGACUGGAGACACGUACAACUACAAGUGUGAGACUGUGAUCUGUCAACAAAUGAAUGACACAUUCAUGAUAGAGAAGACCAUAGCAACCUGUCCAGAGUUCAAUCCAGAUGAGUGUGUGCCUGGAACACUGACACUUGAUGCAGAUGAAUGUUGCAAUACUUGUGAGCUCAGGAACUGUGUUCGUGUGAAGAACACCACAGAUGUUACUUUAAAUGACUGCAAGUCCAUCCAUCCCAUAGAAGUGACUUCCUGCAGUGGCCACUGUGACACAGAAUCAAUGUAUUCAAUGGGAGCCAACAUCAUGAUGCACAGCUGUUCUUGCUGUCGGGAGAUGAAAACCAGCGUUAAAAAAGUGCAGCUGAAGUGUUCUGAUGACCGUGUGAUCGAUCAUGACUACGUCUACAUAGAGAGCUGCAAAUGCACUCCAAUAGCAUGUGAAAACCAGAAGACUAGUGGAUAAAAGAUCCCAUUCAGUGUGUAUGCUAUACUGCUACAAUUCCAGAUAAAUUGCUAAAUACUAUGCAUAUAUUGGUGAAUGAUGGGACCAUUCAGCUUUCUGUUCUAUAACUAUUAUCUCUCAGGGCAUUUUCAGGGUAUUUUGUUUCUUCUUUAGCAAUGCAAAAUAAAAUGAUUUUCUUCUUGUGAAAUGAGUGCUGACUAUAAUAAAGCAAAAUAAAUGGCAAAAAAAAAA